GCAUCAGUUCGAAAGUGGAAGAUGAGCGCUUCAUUGGCUUUUAGCGUCGCUCUUAUCGCACUUCUGUACCUCAACGAUGCCACUGUUUGGUGCUCCAAGUGUGGCAUAAGGCAAGACAAAACUCGUUCGCUCAUUACCAGUGCGUACGACGUCCAGCCCGGGGAUUACCCGUGGCACACGGCCAUCUACCAGGAGGUUCCCAUUCGGCUGUACAUCUGUGGUGGUACUCUUGUUGGCCAAAGUGUCGUCAUUACGUCGGCACAUUGCGUCACGGUUCCCGGACUUCGUACAGCACGGGCCAUCGACGAGCUGGUGGUGAAAGUUGGAAAACAUUUGCUUGACGUUGAAGGAGACCACGAGCAUGAAAGAGGCCUUAGUUCAAUAAUCAUCCAUAAUGAAUUUAGCUCUGACAAACAUGACAAUGAUAUUGCGUUAUUGAUUACUAAAGAACCUGUCCAGUAUGGAAAAUUCGUACAACCUGCGUGCCUUCCUGUAUUCUCACUUACAAGUGACAAUAUUGUAGGGACGAUUGUGGGUUGGGGCUUCACCGAGAAAAAGAACAUAUCGAACGCUUUGAAGGCAGCAAAUGCCCCAAUUGUGUCCAGAGCAGCAUGCAUCGCCAGCAACCAGGCAGUGUUUGCAACUACUUUGACUAAUAUGAUGUUUUGUGCCGGUUACCGAAAUGGAACGAAUGCUUGCAAUGGCGAUAGCGGCGGAGGAUUGUUCCGAAAUGUGAGAGGCAGUUGGUAUCUCUUGGGUAUAAUAUCGUUUACGGCAGCCAGACAGGAGAAUGAGAACCUUUGUAGUGCAACAGACUAUACGGCGUACAUUGAUGUUGUCAAAUACAAGCGAUGGAUCAAAGAAAAUUCAGUUUCUUCGUUCGGAUCUCCAUGCUUGGAUAGUCGUCCGCAAACAAAUUUUAAGAAGCAGUACUUUGUGCACAACAACAAAGAAGUGACAUUCCUGGAAGCCUGGAGGCAAUGCCAAAGCGUUGGCCAUCGGUUAGCUACGAUCACCUCCGAAGAAGACAGUCGGCUUUUAGAGCAGGCGAUCGCCAAAUCCACUAACACUAAAGGUCCUUGGUACAUCGGUGGCACUGACCUGGGAAACGAAGGUCACUUCAUUUGGAUAUCCACCAAUAAACCCAUCGGAUACAUUAGCGGCUACUUCAACUACUCGCCGGGACAGCCCGAUAAUGCUGGAGGAAAUGAGCACUGUCUCGAAAUUGGACGAUGGGGCGGUGUCGUUUGGAACGACGUGCCAUGCGAAUGGAGACAACGCUAUAUUUGUGAGUAUGUGAGUCAAUAUUAGUAGUAAGAAUUUAUUUUCCAAAGCAAUAAAACAUUAAUUUCUCAAUUGAA